AGUAUAGGUUCCUGAGAGAGCAGCAGGGACCUGUCAGUGUUCCAGAUUUUAGAGGACUGAUGCAUGGCAGAGGACUGAUGGAGCUCCUGUUACCUCUCAUGGUUGUGUUGGUGGUGAAGCACAGUGAUGCCCGGACUCACUCUCUGAGAUAUUUUCGCCUGGGCAUAUCGUAUCCUGGCUAUGGGAUCCCUGAAUUUAUUUCAGUUGGGUAUGUGGAUUCUCACCCCAUCACCUCGUAUGACAGUGUCACUCGGCAGAAGGAGCCUCGGGCCCCGUGGAUGGCGGAGAACCUGGCGCCGGAUCACUGGGAGAGGCACACACAGCUGCUGCGGGGCUGGCAGCAGACUUUCAAGGUGGAACUGAAGCAGCUGCAGCGUCACUACAAUCACUCAGGGUUUCACACUUACCAGAGAAUGAUGGGCUGUGAGUUACUGGAGGAUGGAACCACCACGGGGUUUCUCCAAUAUGCAUAUGACGGACAGGAUUUCAUUAUCUUCGAUAAAGAUACCCUCUCCUGGAUGGCUAUGGACAAUGUGGCUCACAUCACCAAGCAGGCAUGGGAGGCCAAUCAGCAUGAGCUACAAUAUCAAAAGAAUUGGCUGGAAGAAGAAUGUAUUGACUGCUUAAAGAGAUAUCUGGAGUAUGGGAAAGAUACCCUACAAAGGACAGAGCCCCCACUGGUCAGAAUAAAUCGCAAAGAAACCUUUCCAGGGAUUACAACUCUUUACUGCAGAGCUCACGGCUUUUACCCCCCAGAAAUUUCCAUGAUCUGGUUGAAAAAUGGGGAAGAAAUUUUCCAAGAAAUGGAUUAUGGAGACAUUCUUCCCAGUGGGGAUGGGACCUAUCAGACAUGGGUGUCAGUUGAACUGGAUCCUCAGAGCAGCGACCUUUACUCCUGUCACGUUGAGCACGGGGGUGUACGCAUGGUUCUUCAGGGUUCCCAGGAAUUGGAAACUAUGCUUCUGGCGAUGAAAGCUGUUGGAUUCAUUCUCCUCGGCAUUGCCCUGGCUGGAGUUGGCUUCCUAGCCUGGAGGAGGAAGACCCGAGAGCGAAAUGGAGCUGUCUACUUUCCUCCACCAGAUCACUGAUGGGAGAUGUCUAUUUUCCAGCUGUCUUUCCUCUAGGAGCCAUGGUCCCCUCUGUCCCAUAUGGACUCAGGUCCAUCAUUCAAAGCUCUUGACCACACCCACAAAACAGACCUGGACAUUAUAGGAUAAAGUAUUUAUGGCAGAAAGAUAGGAAUGAAAAAUGGAAUAUUUCCUACAAAAUCAAUAAACAAAGGGUGUCACAGUCAUCAAGGAUUGCAGCCCUUGCUGAAAAGAAUACCUGCCAUCAGACUGCAGCCACUCCCUGUGGUGAGUCCUGAGGACACUCAGGAUGUGUCAGGAUACUGGCCCAGAUGGCAGAGGUGCAUAUCCAAGGAAGGAUUUCAGUGAGCCCAGAUUCUUGCAUCUUCCCUCACAUAAAAUAGCGCUAAAUUCCUUAACUUGAGAUAUCUGGUUUCCUUUAAUUAACAAUAAUCUUUUGAUGUUCCUAACUACCUGUCCUUUGUUGCAAAACUCCUAUACAUCCUGGCUCCUCCCCUCACCUCCUUGGAGCAGUUUCUCAGAGCUGUCUGAAAUGCUGUCUCCCGGGCUGCAGUCCUCAUUUUGCCCCAAAUAAAACUUACCUCGCAACUCUCACACUAUGUAUAUAUCUUUUUUAAGUCAACAGA